GACGGCAGGCAGAGCAUGGACGCCAUGAAUACGCUCUUCUCCCAGAGCGACACGUCGCUGCUGACCUCGGCUUCGCCCGCCAUGGGGCCGUUCGGCAAGCAGCAGCCGGCCCAGCCGCAGGUGCCGCCUCAGCAACCGGGGGCCAUGUCGACCGGCGGACCGGACGAGACGAUGCGCAAGUCGGCGGGCGGGUACAUCAACGGACCGUUCUACGCUAUGAGGGAGCUGCCAGGGAGCACGGAUCUGACCGGAAGCACCAACCUCAUCACUCACUACAACCUGGAGCACGCCUACAACAAGUUUUGCGGGAAGAAGGUGAAGGAUAAGCUCAGCAACUUCCUUCCCGAUUUGCCAGGAAUGAUCGACCUGCCCUGCACGCAGGACAACAGCAGCCUCCGCUCCCUCAUCGAGAAGCCCCCGAUCUGUGGGAACUCGUUCACCCUGCUGACGGGAACUCUGCUCACAGGCUUCCGACUGCACACGGGCCCGCUACCCGAGCAGUACCGGCUGAUGCACCUGCAGCCCCCUCGCAAGAAGAACCGGCACCGUCACAGGCACAGCCGUGCCCAGGACCCCGUGCCCCCAGGUGAGCGCCGAUGGGACGGGGAGGUCGCCGUGCACUCCUGGUGAUAGGAUAGGGGAAAG